AUGGGUCUUCCUCUCAAGCUCGGCGUCCCCAAAGUCCCCGACGAGUCGCCCGCCGAAUCUCAGAAUCACCAGCCUGUCGAGGCCCAACAGCAACAACAUGGCCAGGCAACAGGAGCCGGCGUGAACACGGGAGCCGGCACCACCCGCCCAAAGACGGAGGCAGAACUCGAGGCCGACCGUCUGUAUGAGGAGGCUAUGGAGGAAGAGUACGCCAAGAGAGACGGUGGCUCGUAA